AUGUCGAAUACAUCGAUUGCAGAUCUUGGAAUCAUUUUCAAUAAUGUUCAAUGGUACUUCCAGCACAUUAUACUACCUAUCUGUUUUGUUUUGGGAAAUAUCGGUAAUUGUUUGAACUUAAUCAUACUUAGUCAACGUUCAUCACGUUCAAAUUCAUGUUUACUUUAUUUCUUAUCGGCAUCAAUUGUUAAUAUUUUCAUAUUAAAUUUUGGUCUUGUACUUCGUAUUCUUCGUGGUAUAUGGAAUAUUGAUCCAAGUACAAAAUUUCUAUGGUUUUGUCGUUGGCGCACAUAUUUAAUUAGUACUUUAUUUCUUAUUUAUCGAUGUUCUAUUUUAUUAGCGUGUAUUGAUCGAAUGUGUGCUAGUUCAAGAAGUGCAUGCAUGCGUACGACAAGUCGGUCCCAAGUGGCAUAUCGCUUGAUUGCUAUCAAUUGGAUUCUAUGUUGUGUUUAUUUUAUACCCACUUUGGUGUUCCCAGUUAUAAUAUAUGGGCAAUGCUUGGCACCGCCAGGUACUACCUAUGCCACCUUUUUAACAAUAUCUACACUUGCCCAAGGAUUAUUUAUUCCGUUAUUCAUGAUUCUAUAUGGUUUAAUUACUCUUGGUCACUUAAAAUUGAUGCAAUCACAUGUUAUGCCAAUGACUUUUAAUGUAAACAAUGAACGUAGAGUGAUCGGUCAAUUUUUAAUUAUGUUAUUUGUUCAAGUAGGUACGGAUUGCCUAUGCAAUUCAUUUUAUUUAUUCUAUCUAAUCUAUAAUCUGAUCUUUUCUCCGCCACAAAUGGCUCCAAUUUCAGUUAUUAGUUCAUUCUUAAGUAGCAUGUCAUUUAACGUACCGUAUCUAAACUACAGUGCUGCUUUCUAUCUGUAUACACUUUCAAGUCCAACAUUCAGACGAAAAGUUCUUCGUCUUAUGAGACAAAUAACAUGGUUUCAAUAG